AUGAGCAUCCUGGGCAGUACCCCUAGCACGUUCAAGGCUACCCUCGAGCCCUCCCAGAAUACCACUGAUGUCUCCAAGACUGGCACCAAGCCCGACCCCCCGCCCCCCCCCAAGGAUGAUGAGUCUGCCAGCUUGUCCGGCAAUGGCGCCGCCAAUAGGCAUUUGGACGAAACGCUCGACUGGUUGAUCAGAUGUACAUCCAGGCGGAGAAGGAAGGAAUUGUCAAUUCUUCCAAAAAUGGCAACUCGAUAUGCAGAAGAAAAAGGAACCUGGGACAAAGUAUCGCGCCAAGAGAAAGACAUUUCGGAAGAAGCGCUUCAACGAAGCCGCCCGGCAUACUACAACGAACUCUCAGACCACGAAACAAGACUUCCGGCCGAUAUUCAAAUCGGUCCUGUUAUUCAUUACGACAAGUCUGAAAAGGGAGACGUUUUCCUCGACUGUCUCGGCUUGAAGCCCAAGUUAUUAGACACAGAAGACGAAUGA